GGGAUGUAGGUUGAGCAGGAGGUACAGUAUGGUGUAGCCUCUGUGACUGACCUUUUCUUUUUAAAAUUAAAAAACCCCAAACAACCAAAACCAUCUAUUUAACAAAAUACUGGUACAGUUUUUAAAACUGGAGAAGAAUCUGGGGGUCCUGGAUGACAGCAAGCUGUCCAUGAGCCAGCAGUGGUGGGAUAACAGGGAAGACUGUUGCAGUAUUUCCAUUUUCAAGGAUGUCAGCUGAUGCAAAACCAGAUGGAGUUGGCUGGAUACCAGCCCCUGAGCAGGUGUGUGCUGUGACAAGGUGCUGAACCUGCCAAGCCCAAAUUCUUCCAAUUCCACUGAGUUAUUGUAACCAUCUAUGUCCUGGGAAGUAAAAAAGGUCUUCAAUUCUCAUGGCCGUCAGCAGACUCUGCAAGAUGAUGCUGGGAAAUCUGUAUCGUGUAAUUGAGUAAUAUUUAAAAAUAGAAUAAAGGGGUAGAAUUGUAACCCAGAAUGUGUUUCAGUGAUGUAUUCACUCAGCAUCUGGGAUAUCCAUGCCAGCUAUGCAAUGUGCACAUAUGUUUGAGUUUUGUUUGUUUUUUGAAAUCUGAAUGGCAUUAUUUGUUUGAGAAUAUUUACCAAAUUGAAGUAAAGGAAUGCUUUUUAUUAUGUGAGUAGUUACAAGCAGACUAGGUAGGGAAAGGACUUCCAGAUACCUCCAGGAAGGUAGAAAUAAUGGUGUUCAAAACCUUCAGCUCCCCUUCUCUGCUGUAUUAUAUGGAACACCUUGUAUACUGCCUGUGGUUAGUUAUCAUCUACAGCAGUGUCGUUGGGACCCAGGAACAAACCCAGAGAGGCAUCCUGCUUGCUGAGCUUCUGAUCAGUGUGACACCAGCCCUCCUGCAGAGGUUGCAGUGUGCUGUCCUGACAGCCCUUCACAGCAGUUGUUUCUAGCAGGUGCUUGGUGACCUGUCUGCAGGGAUGCAGGGAUUGAUCCUGGGAGCAGAUGUCCCCAGCCAGAGAGCUCAUCGAGUGCUGCUGAAAAUGGCUCUGACCUUGAUGAGGAGCCUCUACUCAGAAAAAAUCACCGGCGGUUCGUCAUCUUCCCCAUCCAGUAUCCAGACAUAUGGAAGAUGUAUAAGCAGGCUCAGGCCUCCUUUUGGACAGCAGAAGAGGUUGAUUUGUCAAAGGACCUCCCUCACUGGAACAAGCUGAAAGCAGAUGAAAAAUACUUUAUCUCUCAUGUUCUGGCGUUUUUUGCAGCCAGUGAUGGAAUUGUAAAUGAAAACCUGGUAGCACGUUUUAGUCAGGAGGUGCAGAUCCCAGAAGCUCGUUGUUUCUAUGGCUUUCAGAUUCUCAUUGAGAAUGUUCACUCAGAGAUGUACAGCUUGCUCAUAGACACCUACAUCAAAGAUCCCAAGAAAAGGGAUUUCUUGUUUAAUGCUAUUGAAACAAUGCCUUGUGUUAAGAAGAAAGCAGACUGGGCUCUGAAGUGGAUUGAAGACCGAGAAUCCACUUUUGGUGAGAGAGUGGUUGCCUUUGCUGCAGUAGAAGGCAUCUUCUUUUCGGGUUCCUUCGCUGCUAUAUUUUGGCUGAAGAAGAGGGGCCUGAUGCCUGGAUUGACUUUCUCCAAUGAACUUAUUAGCAGAGAUGAGGGUCUACACUGUGAUUUUGCUUGUCUAAUGUUCCAUUAUUUAGUGAACAGACCAUCAGAAGAGCGAGUGUGUGAGAUCAUCGUUAAUGCUGUAGAAAUUGAGCAGGAGUUUCUAACUGAGGCAUUACCUGUGGGUCUGAUUGGGAUGAAUUGCACCCUGAUGAAACAAUACAUUGAAUUUGUUGCAGACCGGUUACUAAUGGAGCUUGGGUUCUCAAAGGUCUUUAAUGCAGAAAAUCCGUUUGAUUUCAUGGAGAAUAUUUCUCUGGAAGGAAAAACGAAUUUCUUUGAGAAGCGUGUUUCAGAAUAUCAACGUUUUGCUGUUAUGGCAGAAACAAUGGACAAUGUCUUCACUCUGGAUGCAGAUUUUUGACAAAUUGGCAAAUGAAUGGUGACUGUUUCCCUCUCCUCAUCUCCCUUUGUACUGUGAAGCUGACUUGAUUUCCUCUCAUGGAAGUCGGAAUAUUUUUCCUGGGUUUUCAUGUUGUUUGUCAGAGGAGUAAAUAUAUAUCUGUCUGUGUCAUUUGAAAAAAAAGGGGCAUCAUUUGCAAAAAUUUUAUGUGGCUUUGUAAAAGGAUGGCCUUUUUAAGAUUCCCUUGAUUCAUCUGCUGUCAAUACUGUCUUUAAAAAUGACAUGGAUGCUAUUACUUUUUUAAGACUUUGGUAAUGUUUUAAGAAAGCAAACUGCAUAUUUACCUCAUGUUAUGGUAUUUUAAUCUGAAAACCAGCUGAGGUAUCACUUCAUGUAAAAAUGUUGCUUUAAAUUAUUUUCCUGUUUUCUGUUUUCAUAUUUAUAGAUUUGGUACAGAGUAAAAGCUCUUCUGUUUCAUCCUGUUGCAGAGACAGUAAAAAAUGAAUGUGGGAAAACCUUAAUGAGGUCUGAACUAUAGAAUAUUAUUAAACCUGGGAAUUAUGUGUAAUCUCCUCAUUAACCUGGAUUCUGUCUGAAAAAAGUUUUACUCAGGUUGGAAAACUGAUGGGUCUUGGUAGGCAUUUAAUUCAAAUACAUGUGAUUCUUAUCUUACAGCUAUUACUGAACAGGUCAGUGGACUUUGAAUGGUCCUUGAAAAGGCACACCUGUUAACAGUGGAGAAAAACCACAUCCUGUGGUUUUUUGGCUUGUGCUGCCUGUUUUUCCAUGCUUCACUGAUCAAGUGCCUUAUUAAGCAAUCUGUAGUUGUGUUUGUAAUCAUCUGACACUGAAACAGCCAGCUCUGGGUGUUGUCCAUCUCCCCUUGUUGUGCUGGUGGUUUGCUGUUCUCUCCUUGGUUGCACUUGUGCACUGGAGGGGUGAGAAGACAUGUCAUUCCAAGGGAUUAUUCCUUGAGCUGCUACAGACUGCUGGGGCUGUAAGGAAGCACCCAGUAAUGUAUGAAGGUACAUCAGGUUGUGUGUCUGAUGUGAGUCAUUGGAACCAUUGUCACAGAAGAGCUUCUGAAAGAAGAUACUAAACAUUUCAAAAACAAGCCCAGAAGUAGUAUGGAGUAGCAGCAUCUUACAAAGGACUUUUGUUUAGUUUUUGAUUGUGUGCCUGAAAACUGUAAUUUUUGGAUACCACACAGAGAGAAUGGAAUGAUUGAAGAGUAGUUAACGUGCUGCAGUGGUACUUGGGGUGGAAGGGAUGCUAUUCAGCUGUACCUGACUUAUCUGCAAAUAAAUAGAUUCUUUUUUUCCAAGAUGAAGUGAGUAUACAAGAACUAGACAAAGCGUUCUGCUUUUUUAAACCCAAGCAUUUUUCAUAAUAUUCAGCAUUUUGUGGAAGAGCUUUUGUAAGUCUUACUGUUGCAAAUACCUUCUGCUGCUUUUGAUCAAACUGGCAGCCCAGGGUUAUCAGUGAUGGGUAGCACAAGUGUGAUUUCCCUGCCAGCCAGAUCAGCCAUAGUCCUGGGUACCCGAGUUCCAUGAAACAGGUCCACUGCCUUAGCAUAGUUCCUUGUGGACAACUGUCCCUGCUGUAAAAAUAAGCAGUAAAAUUGACUCUGUUUUUUUUAGUCUCUGUAAAAGAUGAAGAGUAUAUACUGAGCAUGGAAAUGGAACAGCUUAUUUUUUUUUUCCUAGAGAAGAGCCUGCAUCAUUUGACAUAAGGUACUUGGAAGAGGGCAGAGUGGAACGUUGAGAAUACAGAGAAAAGCUGGAACUGGUGGCCCUCACUAACAUCCUGGAACUGCAAGAGAACUGUGGACUCAGAGGAAAACCUCAGUGCGUUUUGGAAAUACUGAGUUGAUAGGGGAGAAAGAGGAAAUACUGUAAAUGGUUCUGUUGUUGGAGUAAUGGGACCUAUUAUGUUACUGAAAGUACUAAAAAGUAUUUAUUUUGAGUCUUGUGAAUUAUGAUGAGAGUAUGGGGAGGAUUCUAAUAUGAAACUGCAAUGUGCUCAGGUUCUGUAAAUGUAUAUGAGAUACCAAAGUCUGGUACAACGGCUCCCACUCGAUUUGUGUGUAAAAUAUGUGUAUCAUUUCAAUAAAAUUUGAGUGCGGGGAAGCCCAUGCCUUCA